UCUUACUUCCUCAAAAAAAAAAAACUUCAGUCCCAAAGAAAAACACUACCAAUCUCGGUUACAUGGGUGACCACAUCGAGGACAGUUAUGGAGCAAUAAACCAGUGCCCUAAUACAUAUAUGAGCGAGCCAUAAGGACAUUAUAUGACAAGAUUAAAGUGAGGGUCUUCCUGUAAUCAUAGCUGCUUCUGAUCUCCAGCGAUACCUUUGACUCCUCGGCUGAGGAGACAUGGAGGACCAAGGGGGUGCUGGGAUUGGGGGCUUGUUGGUACCCAGCCCCCAGAGUGAGGCUGUUACCCAUGAGAUGGGCGAACUGUCUCUGCAUCCCUGCCAGAAGCUUCCCCCUCUCAACGAGCGCAAGAACGUACUCCAGCUCAGGCUGCAGCAGAGACGGACCCGCGAGCAACUAGUUGAUCAGGGCAUCAUGCCACCCCUGAAGAGCCCUGCAGCCUUCCACGAGCAGAUCCGCAGCCUUGAGAGAGCCAGGACUGAAAAUUUCCUAAAGCACAAGAUCCGCAGCCGUCCAGAAAGGUCUGAGUUGGUACGCAUGCACAUCUUGCAAGAGACAGUGGCUGAACCCUCUCUACAGGCCACCCAACUAAAACUGAAGAGAGCUCGAUUGGCCGAUGACCUAAAUGAGAAGAUCGCUCAGCGACCCGGCCCCAUGGAGCUGGUGGAGAAGAACAUCCUUCCUGUGGAUUCCACGGUCAAGGAGGCUAUCAUUGAUGGUCAAAUGCAGUACCCGAAAACUUUUGAGGACUACCCAAUAGAUGAGGACAGUGAUGCCCUAUCACCUGAGCAGCCUGGCAGUCAGGAGUCUCAAGGUUCUGCAGCCUCACCGAGAGACGCUCGCACCAUGGAGGAGCCCCUACUAUUGCCCAAUCACUUUAUACAUAAGUUGCCUACAAUCACAACCACUUCAACAGAGUUCCUCAAGCCUUUUUCCACCAAUGAGCCAUCAGUAAGCCCUCCUGUGCCUAUGCCACAGCCAGUCACUCUGGCCCCUGUGAAAUCUGGACCCACCCUUGUCAAGCAGAGUCAGCCUAAGGUACCUGGAGAUAGGAGCCGCAGCAAGAAGGGCAAGGAGGCCAAGUCACGUGUGAAAAAAUUGAAAUAUCAUCAGUACAUUCCCCCAGACCAGAAACAAGAACCUGACCAGGCCCCUAUGGACUCCUCAUACGCUCGAUUGCUACAACAACAACAGCUAUUUCUGCAGCUACAGAUCCUCAGCCAACAGCAACAGCAGCACUAUAACUACCAGACCAUCCUUCCUGCACCUCUCAAGCCAGUAAUAGAGGGCCAAAACAGCAGUGCAACAAUGGCUAUCAACAGCACCAGCAGCCUUCCUGCUUCCAUUGUGGUGUCUCUGCCCACCGGAACACCUGUUCGGCCUAACAGCACCCUUUCCAACCGCAAGGCUGGCAUACUACCAGCCAACCUGGAGGAGAUGAAGGUGGCAGAGCUGAAAAUGGAGUUGAAGUUACGCUCCCUUCCUGUGUCGGGAACAAAAACAGACCUUAUUGAACGCCUAAAGCCCUUCCAAGAUAACCCUGUUGCUUCUGCACCCAACAACUGCAACGGGCCUAACACACAACCCUUUAGCACCCCUAUGGAGGUAUCCAGCACAACUGUAACACUCAUGCCAAUCCAGCAAACCUCCGAAAAUAUGAUCUCCACUCCACCCAUUUCCCCUGGUUCCACAGAACUUCACAACAAAGAGGAGGCAUCAUUGGAGGCACAGAACCGCAGCAGCAGUAGUUUUGUAAAAGCGCCUCCCGCUCCUCAGGAGCACGACCGGAGAUUACACGAAAAAGAAAGACAGAUUGAAGAGCUGCUACGUAAACUAGAACAGGAGCAGAAGCUGGUGGAGGAGCUGAAGAUGCAGCUAGAGGUGGAAAAAAGAAGCGGACAGGUUGUUUCACCUGCAGAAAGCAACAACAGCCCGUUCUCCUUGUUGGGCUCUGUCAAAACUGAAAACGCACUCCCACCCAACUGCACAUUGGGUUCACACACUACACCAACUCUGGUGAAGCUUGAGGAUGCACACCCUCCUCAGAUCACCGCUACCCCUCUCCCUCAAUUUAUUAUCAGCCAUCAGGGGGUCAUAGGACAACCUCAGACUCUUCUUACCACUCAACAUGGGGGCACGCAGAUCCUUCUUCCCAUGUCCCUGGCAAAUAAUACCACUACCAUCCAGCUGCCUAACACUAAUGUCAAACUGCAGCAAGUCUUGCCAGCUGCUGUGUCACCAUCAGGGCCAGGCCUAAUUCAGACUCCCCAGCCACAGCCCACUAAAACUGAGAGUCCUACAUCACGGCAGCUAGUCAGUCACAACCAAAUAGUUCAGAACAUGCCUGUGGGCAUCUCCGAAGGCUCAGGUUUCCAACACGGUCCUAGUGAGAACCCAGCAGGCCUUGAGAUACCUCAGUGUUUCUUAAGCAGCUCCCCAGAGCAUAGGAUCUCUCAUCGGGCAUCCCCCGUCCUACCCUCACUUAUAAACGGCCCAAUAAAUAAGCCCCAGUCCUCCUUCAUCCAGCAGUCUUCAGCUUUCAGCCAGGCACCCAUAAACAGAGAGCCACCCCGUUACGAAGAGGCAGUCAAACAGACAAGAAACCUUCAGAACCCCACUGUUUCAGAGAUUCCCACAGCAACUAGUCAACAGAUGGACGAUCUCUUUGACAUUUUAAUAGAAAGCGGAGAGAUCACCCCCUUUAGUCAACAGGACCCAUCUGUGCCUAAGAUGAUGCCUGUCACCGCCAGCAUCAUCACUCUGCCUAUCAACACAGCGCUUUCCCGACCGCCCGCCCAGGUUCAGAUGGCACCCCCGCCGGCAUUAAUGGAGCCCAUGCCCAGCCUGGCCUCCCUGGAUUCUGACAACCAGCUGGAGGCCCUGCUGGACGGCACGCUGUGUAGCGACACAGAACCAGUACAGAGGACUUUGGGCCUAUCGGACGAACUGCAAAACCAGAUCUUAGAGCACCCCAGUUCCCCAAUGGACACUUGUGAUCUGGGUUUCAACGACCCGCCUUCUUCCUCCCUCUCCUUCGGCCUGGACAAUAUGGAGUGGCUGGACCUUACUAUGCCAGGUCCCAUAGGCGGACUCAACUCGCUGGGUAUCACCUCUGAAUUCCUGGAUGGGCAUGACCUGCAGCUACACUGGGACUGAGGGGAAUCGCUUACUGUCCUUGAAACACAUUUCUUCAUUCACAUCUCACACAAAUGCUGAUUGUAUGUGGGUCUUGAAGUAGGCUAAAUGGGGAUCUUAACUUAAAAAUGUAAAAUCUGUCACUUAACUUAAAUCACAAACUUAAAAAACAUCUCCUCUUGUUUUCUUCAAAAGUAAAAAGUCAUACAAGUUUGAAACAGAACAAGGGGGUGUACAUAAGGACAGAUUUUUCUUUUUUUGGGUGAGCCAUCCCUUAUAAGCUUGCAAAUGAGACCCGAGACCCGGCGGGGUUCUGUUAUCGUCUUGCUUUGAAGAAGGCUCAGCUGUAUACUUCACUAAUGCUGUGGUUCUAUUCACCAUCUGUUCUUAUUCACAUCAAUGCUCUUGUUGGAUUGAAAUGGGCACUGUGGUGGGUAUCGCUGGCUAAAUUCUGGUUGUGCUUUCCUUUCUGUGCCAUGCUGUGGAGGAGCUACUUUGGGCGGAUUUAAUUAUGCGGUUUUGUUCAUUUUGUACUUCCUUUGUGUGCCAUUGACUUCAGAUUGGUUUUGCAUUCAGACUACAAAUAGCAGUUAAAGUCCUAGUCCUUCAAAGUUUCAGGUGCUAUGGUACAAGUUUGUACAAAAUUGACUAACCCUGAGCAACAACACCUUUAUCUCCCCAGUCUUUGGUUGGGAGUGUCUGUAUAGAGGAGAGACACCUCACUAAAUCAAACUACAUUUCCCAGAAUCCUCCAUUUUGACUGCAGCAACAGCCUGAUGUGUGCAGGACGUAUUGUGGCAAAUUAAGCGAUUCAAUGUUCAUAUCAUUAUUUUUAGAUGUCCACCUUUUUGUGAUCUGCUCUAAAUAUUUAAGAAAUUUUGUUAAAAUGACUAGACGGGCAGACUUGUUUUGUGAAGUGGGUACACUUGCAGAUGUUCUGUAAGCAUAUAAAGCAUAUGGACAGGCUUUGUUUGGUUAAGAAAAUAGCAGACAGACGUCAUCUUUUCAGUCAUAGGCGGCGCACAAGGAAAUUACAUCGUAGAUCAAUUCAUAGUCAACUUCAGUGGUAGACGGUUAAAUCUAUUUCCAGAAUCCAGUUUAAUGUAAAAUCUCUGAGAAUUUUUUUUUUUAAGAAACACUUUUUUGUCACAUUUUUUUAUGUGAAUCAUUGUGUACAGUAUGUGAUUAUUCGUCAUAUGCUGCGUAUUUGACAACGAAUGAUUCUUUUUAGUCGUUUUACGUGCACCAUACUGUAGGAAAAUUUGUCUGUGUUUUUCCCUGUUUGAAUGCAGUUUAGUUUGGCACAGUGCCCUUUUUUUAAGUUCUUGCUUGUUUGUUUUUUGUUGCCGUGGAACGAAAUACUGACAGAGACUCUUUAAAAAAAAUGUAAAUGAAGCCAUAUUUCACAGCUGACACUAAAUACAAAGGUCUUUCUAUCAGCACUAUAUUAUGUACGAACAUGUAUGUCAUGUCGUUAUGAAAAUGCAAAACACUAUGUAUCAAAAGUGGAUUAGUUCAGCUAAAGCGGUUACUGACUACACGCCGCAUGUGAAAUGCUGUGGCAGCUUAAUAAUUCGUUUUUUGAGGGUGUCAGAAAACAAACUUCUCAAGUGUUCGUCCUGUUUGGUUGUUGUACGUCAGAAUUUAAAUCGAUUGCAGGCCUGUUUUGUUUUUGUGAUGGUUCACAUUUGCACCAUCAGUUAUGUUCGUAAUGUCAGUGUGCAUGUUUGUAUGUUUUUGUGUGCGUGUGUGUGUAUGUGUUGGUCUGUUUUUCUUUAUACCGUUUGUUCUGCAUAAAAAAAUACCUACAGACCUUUUGAAUGAAAUACAGUAUCUGUAUAAAAUGAACAUGAAAUAUAUUGGCAGCAUGUGAAUAAUGUAAUUAAUGUAAUAUCUAUGAGAGAAGCACAUCCUCUGUUUUUAUCGUUCUAUAAAGUUCUAACCUUUUUUAUUUUUUGCUCUAAAUAUAUUACCUGAUCUGUACCAUCUGCCAAUUCAAUAGAUAGAGCCUUUUUGUUAAGUAGAUGUAAAUUUGUUUCGUCAUUUACAAGAUGUACAGCAUCUUCUUGCUGCAGUGAUGAACUGUUCAUCACGGAUCAAUCGCACAACAUCAAAGCACCUUUACAGAUGAGCUUUUUGCUUCAGUGUUCUUUGUGUUAUCAGCUCAGAUGUCUAACUGUGCGUUCACACUAGACGCGGAAGAGGCGGCUAAAAAGUGUAGUUGGUCGCUUCAUUCGCGCAUGAAAAUGUAGUCAUUCGAGACAUUCACACGUAAAUUUGUGUCAUGGGAGGGGCUUAUAUAGCUCAAAUGAAGUAAACUUACCAGAUUGUUCGACCUCCUCACUCUUCAAAACAAGAUCCUUUUAAUUCCUGUAAAAGUAUGAAGAUGUUUCGUGUAGCGAUGAUGAUUGUCCUACAUUGUUGUUUUGUUUUUCUGCCUCUGCUUCCUUCCUGUAAUCAGGUCACUGCUAGAGCAAGCUCCUGAUUGGUUAACGCGGCGCGAAAAUCCGCCAAAGUUUAGAUUUUUCAACUCGUACGGAUCACGUGGCUACGCUUAAUUCGCGCUUUCCAUGCCACAGGAUGCCUAUUCGCGUCUUUGCAUUGACUUAACGUGUAAAUCACUUGUGCUUGCCACCUCUUCUGUGUCUGGUGUGAACGCAACGUAACUGUGCAUUCACACCAACAUGCGAUAGAGGUUGCAAAAACGUGCUAUUCAAACAUUUUGAGUUUCGCUUCAUUCGCGCGUGAAAUUCUAGUCAUUCAAGAUAUUCACGCGUAAAUUCCAAGUGUGCUGCACAAGCCCUGAAAAGUGAAGUCAAAAGGUCUCGAUCGCCCCCCAGUGACUGGUCCCAGUAUAGGUCAUAAACCCCGUCUCCCCCAUGUUAUUCAAUGGGACUUGAGACCAACUAAACAAUUUAAUUAUACAUUAAUUAUCUUUUUUCCGAAGCUGGUUUCUGUCAUUUACUGUAGUUUUUAUGAAGUGUUUUUGAAAUAAGUUUGUUUUUUAGUUAGUUAAUGCUAUAAAAACGGUGGUGUCACGUAAUGAUUGACAGCUGUGAUAUGCGCAUUCUGCGAGAGCGGGGCCUUGAUUUCGCGGCUUUACUUCCUGCUCACUAGUGCGCAGGACUGGUCCCAAAAUCGCUACUGCGCAGACGCAAGACCCAAGAUGUCGGCACCAUAUCGGGACACUGGUGGCUUUACUUUUCACCAAUGGAAGAGAGUGAACAUGCGUCGUCCAUCUUUUUUUACGGUCUAUGCUAAAUUUGCAUAAUGGGAGGGGCUUCUGGAAUUAUGCACUACUAGAGCAAGCUCCUGAUUGGUUAAUGUGGUGCGAAAAUCUGGCAAAGUUCAGGUUUUUCAACUUGCACGUUUCCCACAGGAUGCCUAUUCGCGUCUUUGCAUUGACUUUACAUGUAAAUCACGCCCGCUUGCCACCUCUUCCGCGUCUGGUGUGAACACAACACACAGUAAAGAUUUGUGACGCUCAUGUCUGGGGAUUCAUUGGCUGUGUCCUUAAGGCUUGGUACUGUUUGUUCUGCAUACUGUCCAAAUUGUGACCUCUUCAGAAAAGAAUAAUGCCAUAUGUUGAUUUGAAGACAGAAAUAGCCAACUGUCCAAGGAGUGUAAAGCUAUUUAGAGCCGUUCUACAAUCCACAUUGAAGUUUUUAACAAAGUUGAGAUGAAUUGUGUUUGUAUAAAAUGCCACUAACCGGUUUGAGAGUUGGAGAGUAAAGCAAUAAGUCAACUUGUGUUUUAUACAUGGUGCUGUAUUGGAUACGGUAUAUGCAGUAGAUCAGGUAUCAAAGUAUCACAGUCAUAAACCCUUUAUUUGCACAGACGUCUGUUCUAGCUGAGCACCGCUCGUGUUUUGCCCUUUUGGAUGGCAAAGCUAAGCCCCCGUUAAGAUUCAAGUGCACAAGUCACCAAAAUUUUCAUAAUCAUUUCCAAUCAUGUUUGCUGGACCCAUCUACAUAAAUGUCAUGCUCUUUUUAAAAUGAUUCAUGUAAAUUUUGUAUCAGCGGUGAUGACACCGGGCGAUAUUUACUGCCGCCAUUGAACAUACUUCAAUGAGGGAGAUCAAUUGUCAUUUGUAUGCUAUUUGUAUGUUUUGCACAUUGUGUAUAUAUUUUAAUGGAUGUAAUACAUAUUUUUAUACAUGUCUGGCGCAUCCAUGAGCUCUAUUUUGUGAAUAGUUCUAAAGAGUCACUUAUAUAUACACACAACAUCACGUGUCAAUGAAAUUUGAUGUAUUGUGAAAAUACUGUCGUAGAGGAUGUUUAGAAUCUCUUAAAUAUAUCAAAUGAAUGACAUACAAACAAA